AUGGCGAUCUUGUUGGAAAGUAUUGCUGCAAUGCUGACUGCAGGUCUACUGGCUGGAAAUGUGGCCGAAACAGAAGAAUACUUGCAGAACUUAUAUCAAGGGAAAGAACUGGCUCAAGCGUAUGCUGCUUACAGACCCAAGUAUCCACAGGCGUUGUUCGAUGCCAUAAUGACCUAUCAUGAUGAGGUGACCACUAAUGGACGUAGCAUGGCCCUGGAUGUUUGCUGUGGUCCUGGACAGUCCACUUUACCGCUUGUUCCUUUAUUUGAAAAGGUAGUCGGUGUAGACAUCAGCCAGGACCUACUGGAUCACAUGCCUAAAGAUAUACCGAACCUGACCACAUACAUGUGCGCAGCUGAAGACUUGUCUAUGAUAGAGUCUCAAUCUGUUGACCUGGUUACCACAGGAGCAAGCCUUCACUGGCUCAACACUGAUAAAUUUUUUAAAGAAGUCAAGCGCAUUUUAAAACCUGGAGGAACUUUUGCAGCCUACAUGGUUCAUAGUGAAGAUCUGUGCAAUGAAGAGGCGAAUAAUGCUUACAAAGAGUUUCUUGUAACUAUGAAGGAUUAUCUCACUUCAAGAACUCUACUUAUCUCAAACAAAUAUGAAACAAUUGAUGUUCACUUUGACUGUCUUAAAAGGAUGGACAUUCCAGUGAUGGAUGAAAUGACCAUUGACCACUUUAAAUGCUACAUGGCCUCUUUUCAUUUUUGGUCUGAAUAUUGUAAAGUGAACCCAACAAGUAAUGUUUUACAAGACUUUGUGACAAGACUACAAACUAUUUUUGGUUCUGGUAAUAAGUCAUCAAAGGAAGUGAAAUUAAAGAUAAACAGAAAUAUCUUUUUAAUACUUUGUAGAAAUCAGGAAUGAAGUCCAAUUCGUAAACUUUAGCAUAACCACCUAACAAUAAUGAUAAACCUUAAAAAUCAGAUAAUUAAUAAUAGUAUUAGCCACCCUCAACCCUUCGCAAAAGUAGGCCUAAACUUCCUCAGUAAAAUAUGUCAUUGAUUUGUUUAUGAAUUUAUUAGAUUUUUCUUUGUUUAUCUGUAUUAUUUUUUUUUUGCUUGUUUAUACAUAAUUAAAAAAGAAAAAGUUAUCCCAAAUUCGUUGAUUAUUAACCAUAUAGAAAAUGUGGCGGCAAUCUUUUUUGGCAGUCCCCGAAAGGAAAAUAGAUGAAAGUAGUUUUAUGUGGUCUGUCUGUCCGUCCGUCCGUCUGUCCUUCCAUUUUAGAUCUUGUAAACUAGAAAAGAUAGUGAAAAUCCGACAUCAUAAUAUUUUAGACCAUUCAAAGUUCUGAUGCAACGGUUACUUUUUUUUUUUUUCUGAAAAAGAAAACUUUAAUUUUUAAAAUCAACUAUGCAAGUAGUUUUCUCAUAAAUAUACACCAUUUUUUAUAACUAUUCACUUUUAAUGCUAAUCAAGACGGGAGCCUAUUUAGUAUGGGAGACAUUAUUUUAUCAUAUCUUUAACACAUUUAUGCAAGCGCUGGAAAAUCCGUUAUAGAACGAAUUGUUCUUGGCAAUGUCUCGCUUUUGGAAUUUGAUGUACACACUGUUCUACAAUGUGAACAAUUGCACUAACUUCUACAUUUACAAAUAAAUGUUUACUUUUUAUUUUUAAGAGAAAAAAUCUAUUUAGUAUGCAUAUAAGUGGAACAUAAUUUUAAACAAUAAUUAAUAAGUAGGUUUUCAUAUUAUCGCGUGAACUGCAGCGCCGUGCCAUUGAUGUGGAACACUUGACUAAAGGAAGAGGGAGAUUUUUAUGAUUUUUUUUACGGAAAAGUUUUUUUUUCCUGAUCCUUUGAAUAAGAGAUUGACCCUUUACAAAACAAUUAGAUCAAUUAGUGCACCACACAGGAUCUGUCAACCUUCUUUCUCCAUUCUUCUCUGUCAUUUCCCCAUUGAAAGAAUUUCAUUCUGAUAUUUUGAUUCAAUCAAUUACUCUGCAAGCGUUUGAGUUUUAUUGUUCGGGUGUAUUCAAUGUAGUUGAUAGACAAUACAGAAUAAACAAACCAUCUAUUUACAUGGUGAAGAGAUAUGGUCAACACUGAUGAACAAUUCAUAAGAUAUUUAUUCCAAGAAAAGGCCACAGUCAGAGUCUCUGUCAAAUAAAACACGUCUUUACCUAAGAGAAUUCUAUCGCUAACUGAUUUUCCAGUCUCUAACCCAAAAUAUCCCAAACGUCACUAGUCCCGUUCAAUAUACGUCUUCUAUGGUGCGUCACUAAAUAACUAAUACUAUAAACUAGGUGCCCAACAUUCCAUACACACUGUCUUUGUAACCUUUUUUUUUUUAUUUGUUUCCUUUUUUUUGACAUUCUAUCCCUUUGGUGUCUUCUAUGAUGGGUGUAGCACGAUGCGGUCUGCCCCUCACGCCACAUAGUGACGCCACUGCCAAAAUGGUAAAGUCUUGUGAAAAUUGUCAAUGCGAUUGUAAAAAAAAAAGGAAAAAAAUAUUUCUUUAACGUACUUAUUCCUCUGUGAAGAUUGGAUAAAAAUCUACAUGCGAAUUAAUUUUCUUUUGAAUUGUUUUAGUUGUAUCGAGAUCAUGUUUCUCUUAUUGAUUUCACUCUAAUAAUAACUGUGACUAACCCAUAUCUUACUUUGUACACUGGCAGUGUACGUUUUUCAAAAACUUAUGUAAAAAAAAACUAUUAAAGUUUUUUUUCUAUUUUUUUCUUUUGUUUUCGUUUAAGAACAUGUUUGUCUACGUUUUGCCACGUGCUGUUUCACUUUUACAAUUGUGUUUUAUUAUUUUAUUGCAACAUUGUCAAAAAUUGAAAAAAAUGAAACCUGUCCGGAAAAUGUAAGUAAUAACACAUUUAUAUAAAUAUUUUCAAAUAAAACUACUUGAUUUAGAAACAUAAAGUAUCCUAGUAUUAUAAUUAAUUAAUAGAUUUAACAUUUAUAGCAUGGUCUUUUCAAAUUUUAAUUUUUUGUAACGUACACUCCCAGUGUACAUAGCAGGAUAUGCCACUGUAGGAAUCAAUUACUGAUAUAUGAAUCGAAAUAGAUCAAGACUUCAUUUAGAACAUAGAUUUGCUUGUUUCAACCAAUAUUAUUAUAUAUUACUAUAUAACAUACAUACCCUUAUAAUUGCAAAUUAUAGAACUAAUUAUGAUGAUUGUAAGGUUAUUACUUGAAAACAUAUAAACAAUAAUAUAAUAAUUUCUUUUUAUAUAUUUUCUUUUGUUUUGUUUUAUUUUACUUCAUGCAGUUCUCCUAGGCUAUAGUAUUUUAACUGACUACUUAGAAAAAUAUUUGUCCCAUUAGCAAAUUAUAAUCCUAUAGAAAAAAAAUAAGGUUAUCUAAGGGAAAGAACCGCUAAUUACUUCCUUGUACUGAAAAAUACAGGGUUUAGCUCCCUUUCUGUUAAAAUAAAAUAAAAUUAACUAAGUACUAAAGAAUCUACUAA